UUUCGAUUGAUUUCUUAUAUUCGUUUGAACAUUUCUUUUAGAGAUUCCUGGAAUUUGGUCUUCAGUGAUUUCCAAUUUCGGUUUCAAUUCAUAUAGUGGGGACUGGGAAGAAGAUUUUCUUGUUUAUGUGACGAAAUUUUGUUUUUAUUAGAAAAAUCUGUUGCUUUGCGUGAAUUGUAUCUCUGAAUCACAAUUUCAUUGUCUUGUUUGAUGGUGGUUUAAGGUUUUUUCUUUCUAUGCUUUUGGAGGGACAUAAUGUUUCUUUUUUUCAUUUUCCUUUGCUACAAAGGGAUUUUUCUUUCAGCAUUUUUUUGUGUGAAAGGUUGGAGUUUUGACAUUUCUGGAAGGGGGAGAAUCUCUGAAUUUGUUUAUUGUGCCUGAAGGUUGAACCUUCUCUUUCCAAGAACUCGAGAAGGUAGGCAUACUCCGCAUUUUUCAUAAUAUUAGAGAACUGACCAUAGUUCUUUACCUACAUCCGUAUUAGUCAUCAGUAGAGAGAAUUUCUCAAGCAAACAACCAAUGGAAGACUCAAAGCCUGAACUCAUACCAGCUUUUCAGAUACAGUGUCAAUGGUGCCCAUAUAUCCUAAGAUUUUUCUCAUGCCACUACUGUAGCGCAUUCUGAACACAUGGUUGGGUCCGUGAAGUUCAACCUAGAUAGCUCCCCUGAUUCCCCAAUUUCAAUUCACUCUGACUGUGAUACUUUUACUUCAUUGAGCAAUAGCCUGGAGCAGUACAGUUCAACAGAGAACCUUUCAGGGAAUAUUAGUCCUUCCCGUAAUUCCUCACUUGAAAUCAACAGCUCUUUUCCCAGGAUUAUCCCUUCUCCUGUCCAUCUUCCAGACAGUGCAGAGCUCUAUUCUGGUGGGAGUUCACUUUCAAAGGAUGCAAACCGUGAUCACAGUAUGAAAAACACCUUACAGGAACUAGAGAACGUUCUAAUGUGUGAUGCUUAUGAAGAUGAGUUAACCACUUCCGGGAAUAAGUGGUUGCAAAUCUCGACUCAGAGAUCAAAGGACUGGAGCUGGGAAUCUCUCCAGAGAUCGCAUGUGAUUCAACCUCAACCCUACCUUGCUUCCAGGAAUCUGAGGUUGGGUGCUGGAGUUGAUGCUGAGAAACGUCAUAGGGCAACUGAGACAUCCUAUCAGGAAAUUGUGCAGACUGAUGUGAAGCAAUUGUUAAUCAAGUGCGCAAGGGCUCUCAAUGAAAAGAGAACAGAUUAUUUCAUGAGGUUGGUCCAACAUACCAGGGGUGUUGUAUCCAUCUCUGGAGAACCAAUCCAGCGUCUUGGUGCUUACAUGUUAGAAGGGCUGGUGGCGAGAAAGGAGGCAUCAGGCACAAACAUCUACCGUGCAUUGAAGUGUAGAGAGCCAGAGAGCCAAGAUUUGCUCUCAUACAUGCAAAUUCUGUAUGAAAUCUGCCCAUACCUUAAGUUUGGUUACAUGGCAGCCAAUGGGGCAAUAGCAGAAGCAUUCAGAACUGAAGAUCGGGUUCACAUCAUAGACUUUCAUAUUGCUCAGGGAACACAGUGGCUGACUCUGAUACAAGCACUGGCAGCAAGGCCAAGUGGACCUCCUCAUGUGCGGAUCACUGGGAUUGAUGAUGCAGUAUCUAAGUAUGCCCGUGGAGGCAGUUUAGAGUCAGUUGGGAAGAAGUUUGCAGCUAUUUCUCAGAAAUUGAAAAUUCCUGUUGAAUUCCAUGCUGUGCCAGUCUUUGCAGCAGAUGUAACACGAGAUAUGCUUGAUGUGAGAGCUGGGGAAGCAGUGGCUGUGAACUUCAACCUGCAGCUCCACCACACACCUGAUGAGAGUGUUGAUGUGAAUAAUCCAAGGGAUGCACUACUGAGAGUGUUGAAGUCACUUUCUCCCAAGGUAGUCACCUUGGUUGAGCAGGAGUCCAACACAAACACGACCCCAUUCUUAACAAGGUUUGUGGAGACCUUGAAUUUUUACUCAGCAAUGUUUGAGUCAAUUGAUGUGACUCUUCCAAGGGAUAGAAAGGAUCGGAUCAGGGUGGAACAGCACUGCUUAGCCAGAGACAUUGUCAACAUAAUUGCUUGUGAGGGGAAGGAGAGGGUGGAGCGGCAUGAACUUCUUGGUAAGUGGAAAUCUAGGUUUAUGAUGGCAGGGUUCCAGCCAUAUCCCCUGAGUUCUUACGUCAACUCUGUCAUAAGGGAUUUUCUGAGGAGCUACUCAGAGCACUAUACACUAGUGGAAAAGGAUGGGGCCAUGCUCUUGGGCUCGAAGGCUAGGAACUUGAUCUCGGCUUCUGCCUGGCAUUGAUGACUUGAACAAUUUACUAUGGUCGAGUCGACUGUUAGACAAACUAAUACGGAAUUAUAGAUUAAUUAGCCUAUUUUUUAUUAGAUAUAUCUAUGCUUCUUCCCUAAUUAGUGAUUCAGAUUUUUAUUUUUAUUUUUUUUUGUCGUUACAAUUUCAGGUAUAGGAGGAGUUCAUGCUUUUUAUGUAUUACUUAAUUUGUCUAGAAUACUUGCAUUUUUGUAAAAUAAAUGUUGGUUUUGUAUGAAAUUUUUGGGUUAAGUAUUUCAUUGUUCUUUUC